AUGAGCGGUAGUGGGACUGGAGGUGGUGGCAGUAGUGGUGGAGGUUCUGGUCGUGCACACUUUCGUAGUCAGUUAGGAUGUUGUAUAUGUGGAACAAAGUCAUCAUCCUCUCGUUUUACCUCUAGUCAACGAUAUGCUGAGCAUUUUGGUGCAUGUUUUGGUCCACAGGGGACUACACGUUCAGGAGAUUUAUGCAAUGCAUGCGUUCUUUGUGUUAAACGUUGGCUUCAACGGGGUAGACAACCGAACUUCUUUGUACAGGUUCUUGACAGUAAGAAAGGUCCUGGACCGAAACAUAUGAAAGAGAUUACUAAACGAGCUCGUCGUCGGGAAGCCAAACAACAAGCGGCUGCUGCUAUCGCUUCAUCUGUAAGUAAAGAACAGAAAUCCGUAAAAUCUGCUUCGAUUACUACCACUACCCAUACUCCUACUACACGUUCGUCUUGUGGAAACGGUCAUCAUUGUUUGAAUAGCAGUUCCGGCUCAUGUGGCAAUCUUCAUUACACACAAACAAAUCCGAAACCGGAGCAUUAUUCGCAUACAUCACCUAGUUGUAUUCGCGUUCAGUCGAAUAUGUUUUCCCAGCAAUCUUAUAUGGGAGGUACGACACGAUCAAGUGCACAACACUCUCAGGCAUUAUCAAAUGGAUUAAGGUGUUCUUCGCAUAACAAUAGCAACAAUAAUCGUAAUAGUAAUUCCCACUGUUAUAAUCGAUCAUUAAAUCAUAAUAAUAAUAAAAAUGACACUUUAGAACACAUAUGCUGUUCUUGUACAAUUUUGGAUCAGAAAGAAUAUUUAUCGACAUUAUCUCAUCCACAAGGUGCUACACGAACUCGUGCAGCUGCUGCUAGGCAAUUAGAAGCAGCCAGUGCUGCUGCCGCUUUUGCUCGAAAUACUACCGGUGUCCUAUCUACUUCAUUACCAUCGUGUAAUAGUCAUCAUCGUCAUAGUAGUAGUAACUUAGUGCUUCAUUCAGAAAACAUAAAAAUGACUACAUCAUCAGAUUCCAGUGAAAGUGAUCCUAAUAAUAGUUAUGAUAUUAACCAACAAAAAUGUUGUUCCGAAACUGCAACAUCGGCUUCAAGUUGUUCUAGUUGUUGCGCCUGUGGUGGGGGUAGCCUAAGUUGCUGCAGUGGGAGCACAAGCGGGUUCGGGUCGAAUUCUUCAGACCUGUCACUUACGAGUAGUGUUAAUUAUCCCGGAAUGAAAUCUAAUACACACCACAAUAAAAAACAACACAAUUAUUCAAACUGUACAUGUCAUGAUAAUAAAACUGUUGAAAUAAGUAAUUUUUCAAUAGAUUACAAUUGUUCCACUCAACGAUCCUACUGUCAUCACCAAUCUCGACGUGCUAAUGAAUUUAGAUAUCCUCAAUUACCACAAACUGGCCAAAUCAAUAUAAAUAGUAAUGGCACAUGCGGUAACAAUAAUAGUAACGAAGAUGAAAAGGGUGCAUCUAUAUUUAUAAAUGGUAAUGCUGGAAAUUUUCAGAACUCUAAUGAUACUCAACAAACAUCUUAUGUUGCAUCGGGACAAAAUAAUUCGAUUGCAAAUACCAAUGUAACCACAACAUCAUUAACAACAACAACAACAACUAUUCCUACCCGACGUUAUAACCGUAGAGUUGUCCUACCUCCAGUAAGAAUGACCCAUAACCCCGAAGUGGAUUCUUUAUUACGUGAAAUCAUGGAAAGAAAUAGUCAGGCUGUAAAUUUCGAUUCUCGUGAAAUGCAUAUGGCUGUUCAACAAGAAUUACGACUUCGUAAUCGUACCAUUCAUACUGCUGCUUCAGUUUCUGGUGGGUCCAUUUCUUCAAUUAGUUCGGCUGACGGCUCUAUAGAAGCCAAUGCCGGGUCCAGUAGUCAAACAUCAACUAAUGGCGUGAAAUGCAACCAUCAUCAUAGUUCUCCGAAUCAUGAACAUUUGGCUAAACGUCAUUGUUCACAUCAUUGUUAUUUCAGUUGCGAAUAA